AUGACCAGCGCAGCAGACAUCCCGAAUGUCAAAGUUGGCGAAAACGCCUCAGUGCCGGUGCUGGCCUACGGAACCGGCACAGCAUGGUACAAACGUGCCGGCGACUCUGGAAUCAACCGCGAACUCGUAGAAUCCAUCAAGACCGCUAUCAAACUUGGUUAUCACCACCUUGAUGGAGCCGAAGUGUACGGAACAGAACCCGAGCUUGGUGUGGCCAUCAAGGAGAGCGGCGUCGCAAGAGAAAAGCUAUUUGUUGUGACCAAGGUGUACCCAAAUAUUGACGAUAUUCCGAGUGCCAUUGAGCAGAGUUUGAAGAAAUUGCAGCUCGAUUACGUGGAUCUAUAUCUGAUCCAUGCUCCAUUCAAAGCCAAUUCCGAUAAGGAGCUCCAAGAUACCUGGGCAGCUAUUGAGAAGGUGAAGGAGUCAGGCAAGGCGAAAGAAAUUGGCGUUUCCAACUACACCAAAGCGCACCUUGAGACUACAUUGAAGACAGCCAAGAUCCCUCCUGCCAUUAAUCAGAUCGAGUUUCACCCAUACCUCCAGCACGGCGAUCUACUUGACUACCACAAGGAGAAAGGCAUCGCUACGUCUGCCUACGGUCCUCUUACCCCAGUCACUCGAGCUGCAGGCGGACCCCUGGAUGACGUUCUGGCUGGGCUGGCUAAGAAGUACGCAGUUACCCCGGGGGAUGUUGCGAUUCGAUGGGCUAUUGAACGCGGUGCUAUAGCUAUCACGACGAGUAGCAAGGAGUCUCGCCUCACCGAGUAUCUACGUGCCGUCAAGUUCAACCUCACCCCGAAGGAGGUGGAGCAGAUCUCGGAGUUGGGUAACCAGAAACACUUUAGGAGUUUCUGGAAUGACAAGUUUGCAGCAGAUGACCGUACAUAA